CGUAUGACGUCAACUAUGGCUUAUCCAUAUCGCGAGGCGAUCCAGUGGCGGAGAAGGGAAUCUGAACGGCGGGAGAGACAGGUGAAUUUAAAACUGGACGUGAGCGCUUCUGUAUCAGGGGGGAAAUACACACAUUACAGAGAAUCAUUGAAGAUGAACACAGAGGAAAAACAAGAGCUCAAGUCAUCACAAGAUGAAAUGAUGGACGUUAGCAGCGCCGUGACAGAUGAGAGGCCACGGGCAGAGGAGGAGGAGAGAGGAGAAGGGGCAGGGGAGAGACAGGGAGAGGAAGAGGAGGCCCCAGGGAAGACCUCGGAGAGUGGAAUGGAGUGCUCAGAACCCACAGGAAACGAGGGAAUGACAGAUGGGGUUCCUGUGAAAACUGAGAAUGAAGAGUAUGACGACAAUGACGAUCAGUACCCCAAGAGUGAAGAAGAACGUGAACGAGACAAUUACCUUUAUGAAGAAGAGGAAGAGGAGGAGAAGGAAAGGGAUGAGGAAGACGAAGGAGAAGGGGAGGGGGAAGGGGAGGAAGAGGGAGAAACCCUUAACGAACCACAGGACCUGUCUCUGGCAGAUUAUGUAAAGUAUGAGAGCACAGGCCCACAGGACGCCCACACCGACUCCUCGCCGUACGCCGGAGAACCCCGUAGCCAGGCAGCAGGCAAGCUCAACUGUGACAUCUGUGGCCUGUCCUGCGUCAGCAUCAAUGUACUACACGUGCACAAGCGAAGCCACACCGGUGAACGUCCGUUCCAAUGCAUCCAGUGUGGCGCCUCCUUCACCCAGAAGGGAAACCUGCUUCGCCACAUCAAACUGCACUCCGGGGAGAAGCCCUUCAAGUGCCCAAUGUGCAGCUACGCCUGCCGCAGGCGAGACGCCCUCAGCGGACACCUGCGCACACACUCAAUAGAGAAGCCCUACAAGUGCAACCACUGCGGUCGCAGUUACAAGCAGCGCAGCUCCCUUGAAGAGCACAGAGAGAGGUGCCAUGUGUAUAUCCAGAACAAAGGCAACGCUGAGAGAGCCGGUGAGGACACCCACGUGUCCAGGACUACUCACAUGGGCACGGAUCGCGCUCUGCUACUGGACAGAUUGGCGAGCAACGUGGCCAAACGCAAGAGCUCUAUGCCACAGAAGUUCACUGGGGACAACGGCGUGUGUCUGGACCUGAGCUUCAACAGGGAGCUGAUCCACCGCUCUGACGUCAUGGACCCUCCGCUCACCUCCCCAGGAUCCGAGAACCUCCACAGCCACCAGCCCCUCUACAUAGGCCAGGACCCUGACUCUGCCUCCCCCCACAGGGCCUACCCCAUCCCCCUGAGCCGCGCUGACAUGAGCCCCCUGGCCCUCACCAAUGGUCACAAGCUGGAGCAGCAGCAGAGCACUGGUCUCGCCUACCUGCCCCGGCCCAGCCAGGGCCACCCUAGCAUGGACACACUCCACGCCGAUCGGGUCCAGCUCUCCCAGCCUCUCAUCUACAGCCUGGGGCACCUGCUGGGGCCCAGUCCCCACAACAGCCUCCCACGCCCCCAUAGCCAGGCUCACGCGCUCCCCAUGCCCCCCAUAGAGGCUCUGAGGGUGGUAAGGAGCGAGGGGGAGGUAGGGGUUGGGGUAGGUACAGGAGCGGGGGCGGUGUACCCCUGCGGUCACUGCAGGGUGUGGUUUCUGGACUACGUCAUGUUCACCAUCCACAUGGGCUGCCACGGCUUCCGUGACCCACUGGAGUGCAAUGUAUGUGGCCACCGCAGCCGGGACCGCUAUGAGUUCUCCUCACACAUUGCGCGCGGCGAGCACCGCCUGGAGUUGAAGUAGUAUAGACACAUUUGCACGUGAACACACACAUACACCCAUACAUGUAGUCAGACUCCUAAACGGAAUAAUGCAUACACAUUUAUACACUUACACACAUGAAUUGUGUACAAACAUUGUGUACAAACAUUACAUACACACAAAAAUUAUCUCAGGGAAAUGUAGCAUUUCAGUAAAGUAUCAUUUAAAAUGUUUUAUAGAGGAUAAUCAUGCUUGACUCAAGUGCCAACAUUUAUUUAUGACAAAUAACAUUUACAUUUACAUUUAAGUCAUUUAGCAGACGCUCUUAUCCAGAGCGACUUACAAAUUGGUGAAUUCACCUUCUGACAUCCAGUGGAACAGCCACUUUACAAUAAUGCAUCUAAAUCAUUAAGGGGGGGUGAGAAGGAUUACUUAUCCUAUCCUAGGUAUUCCUUGAAGAGGUGGGGUUUCAGGUGUCUCCGGAAGGUGGUGAUUGACUCCGCUGUCCUGGCGUCGUGAGGGAGUUUGUUCCACCAUUGGGGGGCCAGAGCAACGAACAGUUUUGACUGGGCUGAGCGGGAACUGUACUUCCUCAAUGGUAGGGAGGCGAGCAGGCCAGAGGUGGAUGAACGUAGUGCCCUUGCUUGGGUGUAGGGCCUGAUCAGAGCCUGGAGGUACUGCGGUGCCGUUCCCCUCACAGCUCCGUAGGCAAGCACCAUGGUCUUGUAGCGGAUGCGAGCUUCAACUGGAAGCCAGUGGAGAGAGCGGAGGAGCGGGGUGACGUGAGAGAACUUGGGAAGGUUGAACACCAGACGGGCUGCGGCGUUCAUCAUUAAGUAACAGUAAGCAGGAGAGACCAUGUGAGGUUAUGACAGAGCCAUGUGACUUGGUGUAUAGCGAGAAUAGGAGAGGGCCUAGAACAGAGCCCUGGGGGACACCAGUGGUGAGAGCGCGUGGCGAGGAGACAGAUUCUCGCCACGCCACCUGGUAGGAGCGACCUGUCAGGUAGGACGCAAUCCAAGCGUGGGCCGCGCCGGAGAUGCCCAACUCGGAGAGGGUGUCAAAAGUGUGUCAAAAGUAAAAUAAAUCAGGAUUAUCUGUAAGAUAAUCAUUUGAUCAAUAGUUAUUUUUCUAUCUAUGUUUUAUGUUUUAUGUUUUAUGUUUUAUGUUUUAUGUGUGACUACGUUUUAUUUCUACUUCACUAAUCCGCGUUUAUUUUUGGUGACUAUUCAACAGAAGUGUCAAUAUAAAGGGUGUUAUCGGCAGUCAAUAUUUGGCAUUACCUUUGCCGUGCCUGCUGCUUUUAGGUUGGGAUAUACUACAGUGUGUCCAAAUAUCCUCUGUAUGUACAGCAGUAGGAGUAGGACAUAGUACUGAGUACAUUUUACGUUCACUGUAAGCUGACUGACAGACUCUGCUGUACAUUUUGUUUUCCUUGUAAACUGUACUGAGGUUCAAAAAUAAAAACAAGUUAAUUCAA